CUACGGCUUAUUCUGCCACUUGCCCUCCGAAGGAAGGACACAGACACACAAACAAACACACAAACACACACUGACCGACACAACGUCCCAGCGCUGGAGAUAUUCUGACAGUUUUCAGGUUCAGGGUUUUAUUUUCAGGGAUAGUUUUGGAUUUUGUGGAGCCACCUGGAGCGACCUCACCGAUCAUGAACCCUGAAUACGACUACCUGUUCAAACUUCUUCUGAUUGGUGACUCUGGAGUUGGAAAGUCAUGUCUGCUGCUACGCUUCGCGGACGACACCUACACCGAGAGCUACAUCUCCACCAUCGGAGUCGACUUCAAGAUCCGAACCAUCGACAUGGACGGAAAGACGGUGAAGCUACAAAUCUGGGACACAGCCGGUCAGGAGCGGUUUCGAACCAUCACCUCCAGCUACUACAGAGGCGCUCACGGCAUCAUCAUCGUCUAUGACGUCACUGAGCAGGAGUCCUUUAACAACGUCAGGCAGUGGCUGGACGAGAUCGAUCGCUACGCCUGUGAAAACGUCUCCAGGCUGCUGGUGGGAAACAAGUCGGACCUCGUUAGCAAGAAAGUGGUGGACGCUGCCACUGCUCAGGAGCUGGCGUCGUCCCUGAAGAUUCGCUUCCUGGAGACGAGCGCUAAGAGCUCGGACAACGUGGAGAGGUCCUUCCUCACCAUGGCCUCGGAGAUCCACCAGCGCCUGGCCAGUGAGGGAGUGGGUCUGCAGGGCCAGUCCACAGAGGCCAAGGCCCAGGGCACCAAGAUCAACAGCGCCCCCGUGUGGCUGGGGGGGGACAAACAGACGCAGGAGGCCGCUAACUGCUGCUGAGCAGGAAACAUCUGCACUGAUGUGGCUGCACUGCUCAGAGAGAGGUUUUAAACACAUGCACUGGUUUAGUGUUUGAACACACAAUCACAUUAUGUCAGAAUUUUGACAUGUUUGCUAUUGAAAACAUAAAAAAAAUGAAAAAACAUGUUUUUAGCUAUAUAUUUUUUGAGCUUUUAUGAGGCAUUUCUGCUUAAUUAUGAAAAGAGACAAACAAAUGAAGGAUUACAGCCGAACACCCGAACAGUGUGUGGGGGGGGGAGUUUUAUAAAGAAGCAGAGUUCACUGUAUCAACCAUUUAACUCCAGGUAAAACACGACAUUUGUAAAAAGUAUAGUUUCAAAAGUCAAAUGAAAAUACUAUUUAAAUAAUGGUUCAAGUUACGGGACGAGUUUUAUGAAGGAAUGUGACAAGAGCAGUUUAAGCUUCUGUUACAGAUGAAUUUACAGUGAUUUCAUUUACUGUCAUUUCCCUGAAGGGGAACUUUUCAUGUUUAUCACUUUUUGUUGUGGUUUGUUUGU